AAGCGUCGCUGCGGUGAGCUGAGGUGGACUUCUUCCCUUCUGUUACAGUGAAAGGAGCCGAGCAGUUCAGCAAUUGAACCUCAGGAACAACACGAAACCUCUCAGACAACGUUUCAGACACCAUGAUGAUCAGGAUAGCCGCAUUCCUCGCCCUGCUGGUGGCCGUCUGCUCGGGAGAGAGCUGCACAGACCCAGUCAUCACUCCGUCGGCCUACACCACCUCCGACGCCGUCAUCUCCUCCGAGUCUGUCUUCAUCGUUGAACUCAGCCUGACCUGUGCCAACGGAGCUCAGAGUGUGACUCUCUACGCUGAUGUCAAUGGAAGACAGUUCCCUGUGACCCGAGGCCAGGAUGUUGGCAAGUACCAGGUGUCAUGGAGUCUUCCUCACAAACAGGCCAGCUCUGGAACAUACCAGGUCAAAUUCUUUGAUGAGGAGUCCUACAGUGCCUUGCGCAAGGCCCAGAGAAACAAUGAAGAUGUAAAUGCCAUCCAGCCUCUCUUCUCUGUCAACAUUGACCACAGAGGUGCAUGGAGCGGACCGUGGGUGUCCACUGAGGUGGUGGCUGCACUAAUUGGUAUCCUGGUCUACUACAUGGCAUUCAGCGCCAAGAGCACCAUCCAAGCAUAAACAGAUCCACAAUCACUUUUUAACCACUGGAUCAUUAAAGACUGAAUUCUGGUGGCGUUUGACCAACAGUUCAUCAUCUGGUUUUGUGGCGAAAAAACACGAUUUUCCUACUUGAUCUGCUUUGGCACAAGGAGCAGAAGUAGCAGUCUUUGUAUUUUUUAUUCAGACUGUGUCUGUGUGCGAUCAGUCUUAUCAAUUUACAGAUGAAUUCUGUAUUGAGUUUGUCCAGUCACUAUGAAUGGAAUUUUGUAAAAUGUUUUUUUGAAUACAAGACCAAUAUACCUGGAUUUAUCAAUUAUGGAACACCAAUAUAGCUCAUAUACUGUGGUCAGUCCUGCCUAAAAGUUGUUUGUACAUCCAGACCAGGUUGUUCCUUCUAUGUGGACUCGCUGGUCAGAGUGGGACUCUCUUCUGAACACCAACAGAGAAAGGUCAAGCCUUCCAUGCAUAUGAAAUGCCAAUAAUGUAACUGCACUGGCCGGCCUGAACAGGCCGAGUGGAUAUGUCUGUCCCAGGAAAAUGAAUAAAUGGCUUGUUUUUCUUCCA